AAGGCUGCGCAUUGCGUCCAUUCUAAAAUUUUAAUGUAUAUAUAUUAAGACUGCGUUCUUGAAAAUCGCAUUCAGUUUGCUUUAGGAGAUUCGUUCGUGACAUUCAGUGAAGAAGUUGAUCAUAAAAAAUAAAUUCAUCCUUUGGAAUAAUAAGUUUUGUGUUCUAUUUUUUGUUGAGUGUUAUUCUCCUUGGUGGAAAAAAAAAUUGCGCGAUAGUGCUCGAUUUCAACUAUUAUUAUUAUCAUUGUUUUUAAAUAAUAAUGUUGAUCAGUGAAUUUGUUGAGAAACUUGACGAUAUUGUUCCACAUUGUAAGGAAUUUAAAUUCUAACCUCAAAAAAAAAAAAUAAAUAAUUGUGCUCCAAACUAACAUUAUUUUCUCAUGGGAAUUGUGUACUGACCUUCGUCAAGAUUAUAUAUUUUUUUUUUCAUUGAGCGCAUAUUGUGGACAUGUGUGUAAAAGUUGUGGAAGUAGAAAUUUUAUGUUGAUUUGGAAAGUUUUGUGCGAGAAUCUCUAUUGAGAGAAACUGCUUUUUGGGAGUGAGAGAGGGAGAGAGAAAGAGAGAGAGAGAAGGAAAAGAACGGUAGUAGGAGAAGGCCCUGGCAUUGUGCUUUGUGAAGCAGGGAAAGUCCGUGUCUCGCAGCUCAGAAGCAUCAGGCAGCAGGCACGUUUAAGUAAGGCCCUCACAGUUGCUCUAUACACACAUACACGUGCGGAGCAAUUUCAAAAAAAAAAAAUGUGGCAACAGUCUACACAGGGACCCAUGGCCGGUAACGUCUCAGAGCUCGAUAAGGGUGAAAAGUGUCAACAACAGGAUUUUGGUGAUUCGGGUUUUCUAUCGGGUACAAACUUAAUUUGUUCCGAGGAAGUAUUUUCGGAGGAAUUAAUUCCCGCUGAUGAUAUUGAAUUAUCAUCUGAUAAUCAAGUGCCAGUUGUUUCUCAAGAACCUGAACCGAUGAGAGUCCUUGAUAGUGGUUUAGAUUUGGGGAUUAGUGAGAAUCUUGGUCAACUUUCCCUAAAGCACGACACAUUAAAUUCAUUGGAUAAGGUUCAUUUGGAGCCAUCCAGAUUGAUACCGGUCAGUGUCAAGGCCGCGCCUAGGACUAUCUUCACAACUCCUGAUAAACAGAAUACAGCACCAGUUAUUCAGGAGCGAUGGGAAAUUUAUUAUACCCAAGAUGACGACGGUGACACACAAUUGCACAUUGCGGUAGUUCAUGGUUACAUUGAUGCAAUAUUAUCACUUGUAAAUAUGGUGCCACAUCCUUGUCUUUUGGAUAUUUUGAAUGACGAUGGACACACGGCCCUUCAUCUUUCAAUUUUAACACAUCAACCAAGGAUAGCGAGAUGUUUAAUUCUUGCGGGCGCAAAUCCCGAAGCAAGAAAUCUCAAAGGCAAUACAGCCCUUCAUCUUGCUUGUGCUUGCGGUGACAUUGAUUCAGCACGUGCUCUCACCGAUGUACUUUCUCAUGGAGAACGAGGUUUACAUUUACCUGGAAGAUUUUUGCCCGCUCUACCACAAAAUUUGGAGCAAAGAAAUUAUAAUGGUGAAAUGUGCAUUCAUCUAGCGGCAAGUGGAAAUCAUGUUGAAUUAGUGAGACUGUUACUUCGACUUGGUGCCGAUUUAGAUGCAAGAGAAGGUCUCGCCGGUAGAACAGCAUUACAUUUAGCAAUUGAACAUGGCUGUAAAGGAGUUUUGAAAUUCUUAUUAGAAGAAUGUAGGCCCAGUCUUGAUGUGCCAAAUUAUGCAGGCUAUACCGCGUAUCAAAUUGCUCUUUGUGUUGACACACAAUUAGCCCUCGAUCUUGUAAGGUUUGGCGCCAGACCCCAACCACUUUCUGAUGAAGAGACAGAUAGCGAUAAUUCUAGUAUGGAAGACAAUGAUGAUAGUUAUAUGUUCAACUUAUCACCACUUCAAAAUAGCCCAAUGUCUGCUGUUAGGGCUUAAAACGAUUUCUAGGAAUAUUUGUAAAUUUCAAAAAUUUAACCUUACUUGGAAUUUUUCAACUUCACUUUUUUUCUCAUCAUCAUUAUCAUAUUAUAUCGAUAACAAAUAUUUUCAUCUCAUUUUAAUCAAAAUGAAAAUUUUCAACUGAAAUUUUAUUCAACUUUUUUUUAUGUGUAAUAUAAAAUAAUUUUAUAUUAUUUAAUAAUUAUAUAUAUUAUUAUCAAUAGAAUGUAUUUAUUAAUAUUUAAUUUUUUUUUUUGAAAUUAAAAAAUUAUAUUAAUAAUACAUAGUAUGUGAAUUAUAAUAAUAAUUCAUAAUUAUUAAAUUAAAACAAUAUAAGAGCUAAAAUGCUUUUAGAAAUAAUUUUUCAGUUAAAAGAUUUUCUAAAAAAAAAAAUAAUUUCGAUUUUACUAAUUUAUUUUUUAUCUCUACUGGAAUUAAAGUGACAAUUGUUUUUUUAAAUUCUAUUUAGUGUCUUAUUUAUUCAUUUUUUUAAAUAACCCUUUUUACUUCGACACAUUGUGAAAUCGUAAAAGAAAAAUUUCAAGUUUCGUUAAAUUUCAAAAUCAAAAGAAAAAUAAAUAAAA